CAGAAUCGUAAAAUAGGAAAAUAUUCCAAGAGAAAAAAGAGAGUGUUUGGAGCUUUUGAUACGAAGCUUAGGGAGCCCAAGAGCUAAUAAUAGAGACUAGCAGCAGUUAAACCCAUCACCAAGCAUCCCUCAAAGGUAGCAAAGUGUGAUAUUGUGAAGUUCUUUCUUUUUGCACCGGAGGGGAUAUAAACAAGAGAGAGAUGUUUUCGUUGUUUUAUGGACUCUGGAAGUAUAUGUUUAGCAAGACAGAGUUUCAUGUACUCAUUCUUGGAAUUGACAAGGCUGGGAAAACGACUUUGCUGGAGAAGUUGAAAUCAGUUUACUCAAAUUUGGAAGGUCUCCCUCCUGAUCGAAUUGUUCCAACUGUGGGACUUAAUAUUGGUCGUAUCGAAGUUUCAAAUACUAAACUUGUGUUCUGGGACCUGGGAGGUCAGCCUGGUCUUCGCUCAAUCUGGGAGAAAUAUUAUGAAGAAGCGCAUGCUGUGGUCUAUGUAAUUGAUGCUACUUGCCCAUCACGUUUUGAAGAUUCAAAAUCUGCAUUGGAAAAAGUUCUUCGGCACGAGGAUCUGCAAGGAGCUCCUCUGUUGAUAUUGGCCAAUAAGCAGGAUCUUAAUGAUGCUGUAUCAUCCGAGGAACUUGCUCGAUAUCUAGAUCUUAAAAAGUUGGAUGAAAGAGUUUACAUGUUUGAAGCUGUUUCAGCAUAUGACGGGAUGGGGAUUAAAGAAAGUGUAGAGUGGUUGGUGGAGGUAAUGGAGAGAAGCAAGAGAACUGAAACGUUGAGAGCUCGUGCAGGAGGCCCAGCCUCUGCUUAGAAUCAAAACGUUGAGAGCUCGUGCAGUUGUCUAUCCCUGCUUUUGUAAACCUUCUGUAAAUAAAUCAUUGGUCCGGAGUUUUGAUUAUUUACUACAUGAUUCAAAGUCGAAUAUCAAAUCUUUUCACAGAGUCAGCCAGCCUCUAGUGCUUGUUGUUUUUCCUUCUCAACUUGAAGUUCAGAUUGUAAGAUAACACUUAAUUUAUCACUUUAGUGGUUACAAAUUUUAGCA